AUGACUAAAGACUGGAAACAAGUCGCUGAGGCGAAAAAGCAGCGUAUCAACGACUCUAUACCCAAGGAAUGGCUUAUCGAUACUUCUGCCCUUGGUGCGAACGUCAUGGACGUUCCCGCGACUUGCGGUCUCCUCAGCAAGUCUGAACUCGACAUUACAAACUCUUCAGCUACGGAUCUGGUGGCCAAACUGGCUGAUGGCAGUCUCAAAGCUAUUGACGUCACCACUGCAUUCUGCAAGCGAGCAGCCAUUUCGCAUCAAGUCACUAAUUGCGCUCUGGAAUUCUUUCCAGAGAUGGCAUUGAAGCAGGCCAAGGAGCUGGAUGCAUUCUACGAGAAGAAUGGACGUACCGUCGGACCUCUUCAUGGAUUGCCCAUUUCACUCAAGGAUCAAUUGCGUGUCAAGGGUUUGGAGACGACCAUGGGCUAUGUUUCUUGGAUCGAUAAGUACGAUACUGAAGACUCUGUACUCACUGCUCUGUUGAGAAAGGCUGGCGCUGUCUUCUACAUUAAGACUUCCGUGCCCCAAAGUCUCAUGGUUUGCGAGACAGUCAACAACAUUACUGGUCGCAGUGUCAACCCUCGCAACAAGGACUGGUCUCCCGGUGGUUCAUCUGGAGGUGAAGGCGCAAAUGUCGGUAUCAGAGGCGGUGUCAUCGGUGUUGGCACAGACAUUGGUGGUUCCAUUCGCGUACCUUCUGCCUUCAACUUCUUGUACGGAAUUCGACCUAGUCAUGGCAGAAUGCCUUAUGGAAAGAUGGCAAACAGUAUGGAAGGACAAGAGACCGUUCACAGUGUUGUCGGUCCUAUCGCUCAUUCCGUUCCUGACUUGCGCUUGUUCGUCAAGUCAGUUCUUGAGCAGCAGCCAUGGAAGCACGACUCGAAGGUUAUCCCCAUGCCUUGGCGACAGUCCGAACAUGAUGCUGCUGUACAGAAGAUCCAGAGCGAGAAACUCACUCUUGGUUUCUUCAACUGCGAUGGCGUCGUGAUGCCUCAUCCGCCUAUCCUUCGUGGCAUCGACAAGGUUGUUUCGACUCUACGAGAGAAUGGCCACACGCUUGUCGACUGGAAGCCAUACAAGCACGAUUAUGCUGUGGACCUCAUUCAGGGCAUCUAUGCUUCAGAUGCAGGAAAGGAUAUUCACACCGUUCGCUCCCAAUCAGGCGAGCCUGCGAUUCCCAACAUCAAUGACUUGGUCGACCCAACCAGAUCUGGUGCAGAUAUAACCACACUUUGGGAUGUUCAGCUCCAGAAAUGGAAGUUCCAAAUGGAGUACCUGGAGAAGUGGAAUGAGAUGGAAGAGAAGCUUGGCAAAGAAAUGGAUGCCUUUAUUAUGCCCAUCACGCCAACUGCUGCCAUCAGACAUAAUCAAUUCAAGUAUUAUGGCUAUGCAAGUGCAAUCAACCUGCUCGACUUUACAAGUGUGGUUGUUCCUGUGACCUUUGCAGACAAAGCAUUGGACAAGAAGAAUGAUAAUUUCAAGCCCAUGAAUGAGAUGGAUAAACAAGUUCAAGGAGAAUAUGACGCAGAGGCAUAUCACGGCGCACCUGUUGCGGUACAGAUUGUUGGCCGUAGGCUUACUGAAGAGAAGACUAUGGCCAUUGCCGAAGAGGUUGGAAGACUGCUAGGUAAUGCCAUUACUCCAUAA